UGAUCCCAGCAUAUCCCCCAUGCGAGCGUAGCCAGAGUAUUUCGGUGCGGAAUAUGCGGGAGCCGCAGGUGCUGAAUAGCUGGGAGCCGCAGGUGCUGAAUAAGAUGGAGCCGCAGGUGCCGAAUAGCUUUGAGCGCCAGGUGCUGAAUAGCUGGGAGGAGCUGGUGCUGAAUAUGAUGGAGCUGCAGGCGCUGAAUAAGAUGGAGCUGCAGGCGCUGAAUAGCUCUGAGCGGCAGGUGCUGAAUAGCUGGGAGCAGCAGGUGCUGAAUAUGAUGGAGCCGCUGGUGCUGAAUAGCUGGGAGCAGCAGGCGCUGAAUAAGAUGGAGCCGCUGGUGCUGAAUAGCUGGGGGCAGCAGGCGCUGAAUAAGAUGGAGCCGCUGGUGCUGAAUAGCUGGGGGCAGCAGGUGCCGAGUAAGAUGGUGCUGCGGGUGCUGAAUAAGAUGAUUUGGGUGCUGAAUAGCUGGGAGCAGCAUUUGAUGAAUAUGAUGGGGCUGCAGGUGCUGAAUAAGAUGGUGCCGCUGGAGCUGAAUAUCCUUGAGAUGCUGGUGCUGAAUAAGAUGGAGCUGCUGGUGCUGAAUAAGAUGGAGCUGCUGGUGCUGAAUAGCUCGGAGCCGCUGGCGCUGAAUAAGAUGGUGCUGCAGGCGCUGAAUAUCCUUGAGAUGCUGGUGCUGAAUAAGAUGGAGCUGCUGGUGCUGAAUAAGAUGGAGCUGCUGGUGCUGAAUAGCUCGGAGCCGCAGGCGCUGAAUAAGAUGGGGCUGCAGGCGCUGAAUAAGAUGGUGCUGCAGGCGCUGAAUAUCCUUGGGAAGCUGGUGCUGAAUAGCUCGGAGCAGCAGGUGCCGAAUAACUUGGAGCUGCUGGCGCUGAAUAAGACGGUGCCGCAGGUGCCGCAGGGGCCGAGUAGCUGGACUGCGAAUUGUAGAUUACGGGCGCGGCAUAUGCUUGAGCCGGAAUGCCCGAAGAGGAUCGUGCGGGACGUUCAUCGAACUCGCUGUCGGGUGCGGGCAAGUCCUCGAAGUCCUGCCUGUAGUCAGCUGAGGCCAGGGCCAGCAGGCAUCCGAUGGCCAGUAGUGAAGGGAGAAGCGAUCCGCACAUGCUGCUCGAGGGUCGAUCUCGAAAUGUAA